AUGAGAGAAGCAUACCACAACAAUCGCGAUCUUCUGGCCGAGCUUGUCAGCGAAGAGGACAUUCGUCUCGCCAUCAUGAGCCCUCAAAUGCUCCGGUCAAAACGCGUUCGUAGCCUGCUGUCGCAGCAAGCUGUCAAGAGUCUUGUCUGCUGGUUCUUCGUUGACGAAGCCCACCUCGUCGACGAACAGAGUGGCGAGUGGAUCGAGAUCUUCAAGUCCAUCAAGACUAUGCGCGCUAUCUUGUCAGCUCGGACAGUUUGGGCAGCGUUCACUGGCACGGCGACUCCAUUUCGGACUCUGGUUCUCGCUGAAAAUCUGGGCUUCCAACCUGGGCACUAUGUCAAUGCUCGGUACUCGGUUGACUGCUCCAACAUCAAAUAUAUCCCGCGGUUCUUCGAGCAUGCUGUCUCUGGCACGGACUUCCUCGACAUCAGCUUCCUGAUACCCCUGGAGAUGGCUUCCACCACCGAUAUCACAACAACUCUGAUCUUUUGCCAGACUAUCGAGCUCGGCUACAAAAUCAUGUCUUUUCUCGAUCGCCUUAUCCCUGAAGCAGUACCUCAUCGCAACAAGAUCAUUAAACUCUACAACUCAUUCAUGCCUGCGACGUACCGACAACGCUUCGUACAGGACCGUUUGAGCGGUGCUGAACUGCAUAUGUAG